AUGCAGUCAUGGACUUUUUGGAUUUUGUGGCUUGUAACAGCCAAUAUAAGCGCUGGUUCACCCAUAACGUUUGAGCUGAAAAAGGGUCAGAAAGAAUGUUUCUACACUCUAACGACGGACAUCGAUUGCACAAUUUCUUAUUACUUCGCCGUCCAGCAAGCAUCGUCCAGUGACUUGAAUGUCGACUAUGAAAUCUUUGGUCCAGGUGAUAAAUACUCCCCAUUAUUUCAGAGAAGAGGCGAACGUCAGGGAGAAUGGUCAUUUCUGGGGGAACACAAGGGUGAAUACAAGUUCUGCUUUGAUGGACGCAAUGACGAUAGCAAAAUUAUCGACCUCCAAAUUAAGAGCGUUUGCAAUCGGGAAGAUGAUUAUCGCAGUAGCAAACGUAAGGCAAGAAAGGAGCGAAGGAAUUUGUGGAAGUCAGAUAAGGAUCCAUUAAAGGCAUCCUUGGAAAAUUCAGUAGAUCAAAUCGAAAGACGUCUGUACCAGCUUGAGAAUACCAUGGAUUACUAUAAGAAAAGGAACAUACGAAACAACUAUACAGUGCGCUCCACUGAUCGAAGAAUUGUAACCUUUUCUCUUUAUGGUAUUAUAUUGCUAGCACUGAUGAGUUUGGGCCAAGUGAUUGUGCUUCAAUGGUUUUUCCAAAAAGCCAGAGAUCAAGUUGUUUAG